CGCUGCAGCGCACCGCUCUCCCAUGAUCCCCAGGUUCAAAGCCCUACACUGAGCCGCAUCGUGGACGACGAGACCGGAGGACAUCGAGGAAGGGACGUGGGUACACAACACGCAAGCGGGCGGACAUUGGGUAACGCCGACAGGGGCAAACUCCACUGCGCAGCACAAUUGCGGUUCUCUCCCUAGAAACGCGUCCAACUUGGACAAGAUAUAUACGCCCCUCCCGCGUGUCAUUUCACGCCUAAACAUGUCAUCAUCGGGCAAGGAGGCCAGUAGCGGACAUUGCGCCAACUAUGUGGGACCCUACCGCUUGGAGAAGACGCUGGGAAAAGGACAAACAGGUCUUGUCAAGCUGGGCGUCCAUUGUGUCACAUGCCAGAAGGUUGCUAUAAAGAUAGUCAACAGAGAAAAGCUCAGCGAGUCUGUUCUUAUGAAGGUCGAGCGGGAGAUAGCCAUUCUAAAACUCAUAGAACAUCCUCAUGUAUUAAAGCUGCAUGAUGUCUACGAAAACAAGAAAUACCUGUACCUGGUGCUAGAGCAUGUGUCUGGUGGGGAGCUUUUUGACUACCUAGUGAAAAAGGGCAGGCUAACGCCUAAAGAAGCACGAAAAUUCUUCCGACAGAUCAUAUCAGCCCUGGACUUCUGCCACAGUCACUCCAUAUGCCACAGAGACUUGAAGCCAGAGAAUUUGUUAUUAGAUGAGAAGAACAAUAUCAGGAUAGCAGACUUUGGCAUGGCAUCUCUGCAGGUCGGAGAGAGUCUGCUUGAGACAAGUUGUGGCUCACCGCACUACGCCUGCCCAGAGGUUAUCAGGGGGGAGAAGUAUGAUGGCCGGAAAGCAGAUGCAUGGAGCUGUGGAGUAAUCCUGUUUGCACUUUUAGUGGGCGCUCUGCCUUUUGAUGAUGACAACUUGAGGAAUCUUUUGGAGAAGGUGAAACUCGGAAUUUUCCACAUGCCUCACUUCAUCCCUCCAGAAUGCCAGAACCUUCUUCAGGGCAUGAUUGAAGUGGAUGCUUCCAAGAGAUUGACGUUAGAGCAGAUCCAGAAGCAUACAUGGUACCUAGCUGGAAAGAAUGAGCCUGAGCCUGAACAGCCCAUCCCCAGAAAAGUGGCCAUCAGGAUGCUGGCUACAGCAGAAGAGAUAGACCCAGAUGUCUUGGAGAGUAUGCACUCUCUGGGCUGCUUCAGGGAUAAGGACAAGCUUGCCAAAGACCUAUUGUCUGAUGAUGACAAUCAGGAAAAGAUGAUCUACUUUCUUCUGCUUGACCGCAAAGAAAGAUAUCCAAGCCACGAGGACCAGAACCUUCCUCCACGCAAUGAGAUUGCAGACCCUCCCAGGAAGCGUGUGGACUCCCCCAUGCUGAGUCGUCACGGGAAACGGAGACCAGAGAGGAAGUCGAUGGAAGUGCUUAGCGUCACAGAGGGAGGAUCACCUGUCCCAGUACGGCGAGCCAUCGACAUGGCAAAGCAUGGUCAGAGCAAAUCUGUUUUUAGUAAAAGCUUGGAUAUCACAAACGCUAACUGCAGCAAGGAAGAAAGGUCACGGUCGAUCAGUGGAGCGUCCUCCGGUCUGUCCAUCAGUCCGCUCAGCAGUCCGAGGCCCAACCGGCGGUUUUUCAUUCCACCCCAGUCCUCAGACUUGUGUCAGUCCCCCAAUUGGAGCCCCACCCACUCCCUUGAGGUCCGCCUUAAUGGGGUGGGGCCCCGCACACCCAACUCCUUCCAUCCCAAGAUGGGGUCUCCCCUUAUGCACCCUCGCACCCAGACCCUCCCUGCCAAGCCCAAAGUGUCUGCGAAGCCUCUGCUGACUACCAGGUCCAACCCACUCCCCAACACAGCUCAGACUGCCUCCACCCCCAAGUCUGAGCCCUCCACACCCAUCCAGCCUUUAGCACCCUGCAUCCCCGACAGCCCCCGUGUGAUGCACCACCCUCCCCUUACUGUCCCUCCAAAGCUUUCCAUCCCUCUGUCUCCCGUGCCUCCUAUGUCACCCCUGCGCCGCCACCACCUACACCCUGACCACAAUGGCAAAUCUUUCCCCAACUCGCAGGUUACCCCCCAUCCUUCCCCUAGAGGAAGCCCUCUCCCCACUCCCAAAGACACCCCGGUGCACACACCAAGGGACAGCCCAACUGGAACACCUAGCCCAACACCUCCACCCAGCCCCUCGAUUGGGGGCAUGCCCUGGAGGACGCGCCUCAACUCCAUCAAGAACAGCUUCCUGGGCUCACCUCGUUUCCAUCGCAGGAAAAUGCAAGUUCCCACACAAGAGGACAUGUCCAGUCUCACCCCAGACUCGUCUCCAGAGCUUGCAAAAAAGUCCUGGUUCGGGAACUUCAUCACACUGGAGAAAGAGGAGCAGAUCUUCAUCGUAAUCAAAGACAAACCUCUCAGCUCCAUAAAGGCAGACAUUGUCCAUGCUUUCCUCUCUAUACCCAGUCUGAGCCACAGUGUCAUAUCCCAGACAAGUUUUCGAGCUGAGUAUAAGUCCACAGCUGGUCCAACAGUUUUCCAGAAGCCUGUGAAGUUCCAGGUGGACAUCACCUACUCAGAGAGUGUCAGUGCCACCAAGGAGAACGGCAUCUACUCUGUCACCUUCACACUGCUCUCAGGUCCCAGCCGACGUUUCAAGCGUGUAGUGGAGAUUAUUCAGACCCAAUUGCUCAGCUCCAAUGACCAGCCCGGCAUACAGCCCCAGAUCUCUGGCAGCCCGUUGAGUAACUUCUUUGACGUAAUUAAACAGCUUUUUACAGACGACAAGAACACCCAAGCGUCCCACACCCCUGGUGCUCCUGUCGAGUCUAGCUCCCCCACCAAGCAUGCUUCUGGCAGCAGGCCCCACCAGCCCCCGCCCAAUGACUCAAAAUGCCCUGCUGGCAAAGACAAAACAAAGAUGGCCACCAGCAACAGGACACAGGAGCAGUAGCUGUGCAUGUCUAGAUGAAAAAGGUGGUUAACAAGCCAGAAACAAGAUGGAGAGCUGCUUAUGUUGCCAUUUCGCUGGGACACACAACUUAACUACUUCUUCUUUGCCUAUAGAUUUUAUACAGCAUAACGGGAAUGGCUAUUUUACUUAAUUCUUAGUAAAUGUACUGUAGCUAUGUUGGCUCAGCCUUCUGUCACGAUCUCUAUCUCGGGGGGUGUUCAUUGGGUUUGUCUGCUUCUCCCAUGUUUGAUGGCUUGACUUGUCUCUGCCACCAGGGAUCAUCCACAAUAACUAUUAACCUCGGCGCCUCCUUGAGACUGGCCUACAGCGGCCGGCCUGAUUGUGGCCCUCCAUCACCACGAGCUUCUGAUGAAAAGACUUGAGCACCCUCCCUCACUUCACUCCACUUUCCUCUCUUCAAGCCCUUUCUCAGUCCAUUUCGUCACACCAGACCAAACUCUUCUAGAAGAGUUGUAAAAAGAAAAAAAAAGCCUUAAGACAGUGAUGUUUGUCAAUUCGCACACUUCUUCUACAUUAUUUUUGCUUCAGUUCCUUCCAUGUGUAUACCUACAUAAAAACACGCCUAUGUACACAUAACAUGCGGGAUGUAAUGACUUGCACACAAUGAUAGCAAGGAAGCAGAGACAAAUGGAGAGAUGAACAACUAUGCGGGCUGCGAUUCUUGAUCGAGUUCUCUUUCUUUGUGAAUGACAGGAUUUUUAAGCUUUGGGUCAUUUGUUUAAAAUGUAGCCCCAAACAUGUACGGGGCUCCAGAUGUUGCAUAAAUGAAUGUUCUUCUGUUGUACAGACUAAAUGUUGUUUUGUAGGUACAUAAACUGUUGUUGUGACAUGUUUUAGAUUUAUUCGGAAACAUUCUGUUCUCUCUAGUAAAGGCCUGGCCAUAUCGGAAACUUAAAAAAAAACAAAAAACAAACACAAAACAAUAACAAUAAAGCAUUAAAGCAUUAUUUGACCGAUUAUUACAAAGAUGGUGUUUGAGGAUAAAAAGAUGAUUUGGAAACAUAUUCAAUCAGCUAUCAAAGCGGUUAAACAACAUUUGCACUACAAUUUACCAGUUGGCUUAUCGAUCUGGUUUUGCAACCCCACUACUAUUUUUCAAUUGGGAGUUUUUAAGAUCAGCACUCUAAAAUCAGUAAUUAAAAAACAGAAGACCACAGAUUUUGAUUAUCAUUUAUGAGCAUUAAAUUAUGUAUUAUUUUGCACAUACUUUGUGGAAUGAGACGGGAAUUGUAAUGCAUUGUUUGUUUGCCUUGACCUGGUGUGACUGGGCCUCACUGACGACACAUCGCAUUUUUUUAGCACUUUUAUUGAGUGUAUCAGAACAUUUCAGCCCUGCAUUUAAACAUUUAGUUUUUUUUUUAUCUACUGCAAGAUUAAGACAAGAUUGAACCGGUGUGUCUAUUUUUGUAAUUUAUUUUUGUUAUUAAUUUAUUUUCACUUAUUUAUAUGUAAUAUGUAGAAACUGUUUUGUCAAAUUAUUUGCUUUUGCCAUAUUUAUUUGUUUAAUUUAUUUGGUCACAGAGAUCUUUUUUGGGGAUUCAUUCUUUUUCUGUUUUUGGGUGAAAGAAACCUUGUAAUAUAUAUUCAGGGGAAAUAAUUCAAGAAUGUAGAUGUAGCUCUUUGAAAGGAACAUUCCCUUUGUUGCUAAUUGUCAGUGUGUAUGAUGACUCAAAUCUUACCAACCUAUCAUCCUGUAAAUAGGACAUGUUUACUUACAAACUUGUUUACACAUUCAGGAGGAUUACUUGUUAGCUUUGACCUCCUGAGGUUGUUUGCAUGUUCAGCAUUUAUCUUUUCUUUGCAUGUCGAUAUAGGACUUGUUCUCCUGUUGCCGCUUCUCUUUUAACUUUUUUAUGUUGUCAAUGUACUUUUGUUUUAUUUAUUCAUUCUUUAUCACUGUCCUUGAACCUUUUGGUUGACUGUGCAAACCAUUAGCACACAAUUCAUCUUCCUUACUUAUGUCUCUCCACGUGGGACCUCGCUGAUGACCAGGUGACACAGUCAGCUCUGUGGCUGUUUGUCUAAUCAGAGAGAAUUUUAAAGCAAUAUCUUUCAUUGUCCGCUUUCCUCCUUUUCUACAUUGGGAAUCCAGAGCACACCAAAUGGACUCGGAACAUUACUGAGCAGGAGCUCCACUGGCAAUGUUUUCCCUUGUGACGUUACUGUGAACAACUUCAGUGCUAAAGGAAAUAAAUCUGUUGAGUUUGGAGCUGGGUGAACGUUUAUUAAAACUGUUUGAUUUGAGUGGACACGGGGUGUGUCUCGGUCGAGUACUUUGCGUGGGCUGAGCCCAUAACCUAAUUUUGGAAAGUACCCUUUUGAAAUUGUAUCAAACGUUUUAGACCUUGAAUAAAAAACAUUUGGUGGAUGACACAAAAUAGGGCUAGCCUCGCCACAAAUAGAUAAUAAUAAUAGUAAUAAUCCAUCUAUCCAUUUUCUUCCGUUUAUCCGAGGUCGGGUCGCCAGCCCAGACUUCCCUCUCCCC